CACACACACACACACACACACACAGAAUUCAUAGAGGAUGGGGAGUGGCUGUGUAACCUGAGUAACGUCACCUUGGUGAAUUGAAACUACAUCAGACCAAAGGAUCUGAUACAGAAACAAGCCCAGCUCUUCAGAGAUCUCUCGACACACAACUAAGCUACAUCUCUUUUUGUUCUUCAAAAAAAAGAUCUAAGGACCGAGUUAACAACACACACAAAUAUGGCUACCUCCAGCAGUCCCCUGUCUGAAGAUCAGUUCUUGUGCUCUAUCUGUCUGGAUGUGUUUACUAAGCCAGUCACAACUCCAUGUGGACACAACUUCUGCAUGGCCUGUGUCAGUGGAUACUGGGAUACCACUGACCACUGCCUGUGUCCACUGUGUAAACGAAGGUUUUAUAGGAGACCAGAUCUCUUUGUCAAUACUUUCAUUGCUGACAUGGCUGAUAAAUUCAUGCAUGCAGUUCAAGAGAAAUCUCCAGUCAGCCAAGCACAACGUCCUACCAAACUUGGAGAAACGGCCUGUGACGUCUGCACUGGGACAAAGCUCAAGGCCUGCAAGUCCUGCCUGGUGUGUCUGACCUCUUUCUGUGAGACUCACCUGCAGCCUCAUCAGAUAGCCCCAGCCCUAAAGAGACACGCACUGAUUGACCCUGUGGACAACCUGGAAGAAGACAGGACGUGUAAGAAGCACAACAAAUUCCUGGAGCUGUUCUGCAGGACUGACCAGAUGUGUGUCUGCCAAUUCUGCACUGAGACAGACCACAAAUAUCACCACACUGUCCCUAUAGAGGAAGAGUGUGAAGAGAGGAAGGCUCAGCUGGGGAAGACAGAGGCACAAGUGCAGCAUCUGAUCCAGGAGCGACUGCAGAAGAUUCAGGAGAUGAAACACUCAGUAGAUCUCAGAAACAAAUACACACAGAGAGAGAAAGCAAAAACCAUUCAACUCUUCACUGAUCUGGUGCAAAGCUUUCAGAAAAGCCAGACUGACUACAUGGAGGUGGUUGAGGAGGAGAAGAAAGCAGAAGAGAGGUGGGCUGAAAGGCUCAUUUGGGGGCUGGAGCAGGAAAUCGUAGGGUUACAGAGGAGACGCACUGAGCUGGAGAAGCUCUCAAACACUGAAGACCACCUCCACCUUCUCCAGAGCUCUGCAUCCCUCUGCAGUUUUUCUCCCACCAUGGACUGGUCUCAGAUCAGUAUUCACACUAAGCUGUGUGUAGGAAACUUGAGGAGAGCUCUGUGUCAGCUUGCAGAGACUCUGAGAAUCAUGCCCCAGCUGUUGGAUACAGUGAAGACUUUACAUAAGUCAUUGUGUGAUUCUGAGCACCAGAGGAUGCAGCAGUAUGCAGUGGAUGUGACUCUGGACCCUGAUACGGCAAACUGCAAACUUGUCCUGUCUGAGGACUGGAAACAAGUAAAACUUGGAGAUAUAAAACAACAUCUUCCUGACAAACUAGCAAGGUUUGAUACUACUCUUUGUGUCCUGGGAAAGGAGGGUUUCUCUUCAGGGAGAUUCUACUAUGAGUUGGAGGUUAAGGGGAAGACUGACUGGUCUAUAGGAGUGGCCAGAGAGUCCAUCAACAGGAAGGGAAGGAUUACACUGAGCCCUGAGAAUGGAUACUGGAUUCUGUCACUGAGGAAUGGAGAUGAGUACACCGCUGGUGCUUCCCCAUUUCGCUCCCUCUCACUGAGAGAGAAGCCUCAGAAGGUGGGAGUGUUUGUAGAUUAUGAAGAGGGUCAGGUCUCCUUCUAUAAUGUGGAGGCCAAGUCUCCUAUCCACUCUUUCAUUGACUACACCUUCACUGAGAAACUCUAUCCAUACUUCUGCCCUGGUAAACGUAGUGGAAACUCUGCCCCUCUGAUCAUCUCUACUAUCGAUGAAAUUGAACUUUUUCAGCAGACGCUCUUAUCCAGAAGUGCCUUCCCCAAGGACACAUCGAGAAGAUUUUUCACCUAGUCGGCUCUGGGAUUUCAGGUUACUGGCUCAACGCUCUUAACUGCUAGGCUACCUGCCACCUUUAUAUGUAAAAUAGAAUCCCAAAACUGUAAAAUAUGAACCUAAAUAUAACUAACAAUUUAGUGAAUAUCGUCGCUGCUUAUUAUGAAGAUUUCAACAUGGAAUAUCCUUUAUAUUCUUAACUUUCUUUAUCUUUUAUAUAUCUUUGUUGUAUUUUGUGGGGGCCAAAGUGGUGUCAGUUGUCUAUCUCAAUAGUUAAAUUCUUUCAGAUUUGCUUUCAAAUGCCAUCAUUGUUGAUAAGAUGUUUGUUAAAUGAAUUAUGCUGUUUUCUCCUGAACCAUAUGGUCUAUCCACUAGAAAUGCAUGGAAAAUAUGGGCACGGUCAUAAAUUGGUAAAUUUCCAGAACUUUUGCAACUAAUUCGAUAAAGAGGAGACUGCAGUAUGUAAUGAAAUGCCAUAAAUGACUGAUUUUUGUCUCCCAUAUCAAGGAAAAAUAAAACUAAACGUAUCAACCUAAAAUA